CUCGGUGAAGACGGCGCGCUUGGGCUGCGUAGCGGAUCCUGCAGGCUCGAAGCUUCGGUAACCAGUUCGGCGCCAUGGCGUCCCAGGGUCGUAGGCGGAGGCCGCCGCGGAGGCCCGAGACGGUGGUGCCCGGGGAGGCGGCCGAGACGGACUCGGAGCUCUCUGCGUCCUCGGAGGAGGAGGAGCUGUACCUGGGUCCCUCGGGCCCGACGCGCGGCCGCCCCACGGGGCUGCGGGUGGCCGGGGAGGCCGCGGAAACCGACUCGGACUCGGAGCCGGAGCCGACCGCCGCGCCGGGGGACCUGCCUCCGCUGGUGGUGCAGCGGGACACGGCCGGGGAGGCCUGGGCCGCGGAGGAGACCCCGGCGCCGGCCCCCGCGCGCUCGCUGCUGCAGCUCCGGCUGGCCGAGAGCCAGGCGCGGCUGGACCACGACGUGGCGGCCGCGGUGAGCGGCGUGUACCGCCGCGCGGGCCGCGACGUGGCCGCCCUGGCUAGCAGGCUUGCGGCCGCCCAGGCCGCAGGGUUGGCGGCGGCCCACAGCGUGCGCCUGGCGCGGGGGGACCUCUGCGCGCUGGCCGAGCGCCUGGACAUCGUGGCCGGCUGCCGCCUGCUGCCCGACAUCCGCGGCGUGCCGGGGACCGAACCUGAGCAAGACCCGGGACCGCGGGCCUAGCGGGAACCCACUCCCUGGCCUGGCUCUGCGCCCUGGGGGUAGUCCUUGAGGCCUCCGGGACCUGGCCCUGUUAUCCUGUGUGGUUCCCCGCGCAUCUUGCUGUCACCCUCAGGGCGAGCCUUGCCCGCUGGAUAACGCUGCGUGGUGGGGGGUGGGGGGGUGGAGAUGAUAAUAUUGUGCAGCCUGGCCCUGCCUCUAGCAUCUGGUUCCUCGCUCUGGCCCUGCCCCGUCCCUGUUCGCUGGUGCCCAGCCUGUCCCUGAGGCUUGGCUCCAGCCCCUAGUAACUAGUAGCUCCUUGAUCUUUCUCCAUCCUGGGGUCUCACGUUGCUUCACCUUUCCUUGUGCUCCGCCUGUCUUGACUUUGGUUUCUGCUCACGGGGGCUGGUCUUGCUUCUUCCCAUAGGAGCCCCAGAAUCUGGCGCAGAUUCCAUAGCAUCUUCCUUCACUCCCUUGGCUCUGCCUAGCCCCACUUCUGGAAUUUUGUCCCCCUAGGCUGGGGGCCCUUUUUCUGCUCCUCAGGUUUGGCCCUGGUUCCAUCUGCUAGUCCUUGUUCUGCUAUCUCCUAGCUUCCAGUCCUUGGGCUUAGCUCCAACCCCUGGGCCCAGUCUUGUUUCCUGAGUCCAGCUACCUUUAGGAUUAGUUUUGCUUCUUUUGCCUUUCCCAUUAUGCUUAUACUAGCUGCUUGAUCUUUAGCUUCAUAGACGCCACCCGCCCCCAUGGUUUCUUUCAUUAGGCAGAAGAUGAGGCCCCCUCCUGACCCAAGGGAGUCCUCCCAAUUUUCCAGGCCCAAGAUAGCAUCUUCUCCAGACCCUCUAGACCAAGUUGUUACAUUCUCCCCACCCUCCAAGCCAAGGUGGCAUUUUGUGUCCAAGCUCUAGAUACAGUGUGGGUCUCCUUCUGAUUCUCCAGGCUGACAGUGGCACUCUUCAGGCACUUAGGGCCUAUUACAGUCUUUCCCAGGUACUUUGGGUACCUUAUGAUGCCAAUUUGCAGAUAAGGACCACACACAUGGUGUCUGUUCCCUAGGUUGACCCCUGGAGACUACAGGGAUUUGGAUUUCUGGCUCGGCUCAGGGUCUGGGGUUAGCAGACUCUCUGCCCUCUCUUCUGCCGCCAGCCCUGGCCCCCAAGUCCCAUUCAUAUUUAUCCACCUCCCCCACUUUGUAAUCCCAACCUGAAGCUGAGAUCUGAGGCCCCCACCCCAGGAUAGAGAAGUGAGGAAGAGUGCUCUGUGCCUGUCUCAUUAAAACUCAAAACAGUUACUGCUAUGGGGAAUUUGUCUUGUCUCCCCAUCUAAGCAGGGGGUAGGUUUGUUGAUGAUUUCUCUGAGAAUGGGGCUCCCAAGAGAUCUUUCAUGCCCGGCCUAUUGAAGGGGAAACUGUAGCCGGGAAAUCGGACCCCUAGUUUUUUUUUUGCCCAGGUUCUUCGUUUACUCACAUUUUGUUAGUUCAGCACACCAUUACCGAGCACCUGUUCUGCACCUGUCCUGUGCUGGGCAUUGGGGGUACAACAGCCAGCCCAGGCCCUCACAGAGCUUACAGCCCACUGGGGGAGACAGACAUUAAUAAAAUAUUCUCCUAAAUAAAUGGACAGUUUUCAUAAUUGCAAUUUUAUACUUUAGCUGUGAU